AUGCCGCUCUUUGCAUUUGGCUCGAACGGAUCGGGCCAACUGGGCAUCGGACAUGAUGAAGACGUCUCUGUCCCUACUAGAUGCCUAUUUGAAGGAGAUCAGACACCUUCUGAGGAGGGAAAUGGCACCCAGGCGAAGAAUAUCUCCCGUAUCGUUGCCGGGGGAAAUCAUACCCUCAUCUUGUAUCAAGACGGAUCGGUAUAUGCCGCCGGCUGUAACGAGGAUGGCAGAUGCGGACACAACCCCGCAACUGCGUCGCUGCAGAUGUUCAAGCGGGUGAUUGUCAAUAGUGGAGAUGAUGGUACUUUCUAUAGGACGUUCAAGCACUUGUCGGCGACCUGGGAGGGGACGUUCCUGGUUGCUGGAUCUGAGGACCCGUCUGGUGAGGCGGACAGUAUAUUUGCGAUUGGUUCCGGAUCGAAGGGAGAGCUAGGACUUGGACAGGGGUGCACGAAGGCCAUUGAGCCGACAAGGAUCCCUGAUUUUCCUCCUCAAGGGACAAAAAUUGUGUCGAUUGCCAGUGGUAUGGGGCAUACGGUUGUGGUGUUGUCGAAUGGGGAGGUUUAUGGCUGGGGAGGAGCAAGGAAGGGUCAACUUGGAGAAUCAGCCAGGAGCAUGAAGAUUGUUUGGCGUCCUAUAAAAGUGGAAGGAAUUUCCUUCCAAGCCAAGGGUGCAGUAUGUGGUCGCGAGUUUACAGUAAUUUCGGGCAACAAGGCCGCGGGGGAAUAUGCCAUUAUUGGCUCAUGCGAUAACAAGUGGAAUAUCCUGUCUGAUGCUCCUGCAUCCCAAUCGUUGACAGACUACCGAGGUAUAGCAGCCAGUUGGCAUGGUGUCUAUGUACAUCAGAACGAGUUUUCUGUCACCGCCUGGGGACGGAAUGAUCGAGGCCAGCUUCCUCCUCCGGAUCUGCCUCGGUCUCAGAAACUGGCUGUGGGAAGUGAACAUGUUCUCGCACUUCUUGAUGAGCACACUGUUGCGGCAUUUGGGUGGGGUGAACACGGCAACUGUGGCCCCGAUAUCGACGCGCAAGGCAACGUGAAUGGAACGUACAAGCAAGUUCCGCUUGAGAUGCUUCAGGGCUUUAGGGUUGUCGGAAUUGGUGCAGGCUGUGCAACCAGCUGGAUUAUAACGUCAUGA